CCGCAAAAUGGCCGGCAAGGCAGCGAAAGGAACAAACAGGCUCGAAAAUGACAUCUUCAAGUGCCGUGAUGAGUCGAACUGGAAGAAAAUACAAGAACUGGCGGAGCAGCUUAUGCAGCGGGGCACCGGACCGCAGUCAGAGGCCAUGGCCAGCUUCUUCAUUGGUGAGAGCAAGCUGGAACAGUUUCUCGAGGAACAUCCGCCGACGGAGGCCAACAUCAACAAGGCCAAGACCGGCCUGACCGAGGCCAAGCGCUACCUCAACAACUGCUUCACCGAGCAUGGAGCCAAGGCUGGUGUCACGACCGACGGCCACUUCCUGCUUGCGAAGCUGCUCUAUGCCCAAGGUUUCUACGAGGAAGCCAUCACCCACCUGGACAGCGGUGGAAUUGACCGUCUCGAGGAGAAAUCCCUCUCGAACCGCAUUCUAAAAAUUCUCGCCGAGUCAUUUGCGAUCAAAGGCCUGUGCUUGGAGAAGGUGCCCCUCAAGACGACGAGCAAGACCAAGGCUGCCAACCGGGAAGACCAGAUCGUUUCUUACUUUGUGCAGGCCAGUGAUCUGGCUUUGAAGUACCUCCAGGAAGUGGAGAAGUCGCAAGGCACCGUAGGGGGUGUCGUCCCCACGGGAACAGCCGUGGGCAACGUGUCCACAGUGGCUGCCUCCUCAUCGCCGCUGCCUCCCAACACGGAGUAUCGCAUCGGAACUGUCCUUGAGAACGUGCUGCAGAGGGCGCCACUACUCAUGAUCAAGAGCGGAAAACUGCGGCAAGCCAUCGACCAAUACCGAAACGUCCUACGUGCGGAAGAGACAAGUUCCACACAAUCACUCCGUCAGACGAUGUCCCGGCAACUGGCUGAGGUCCUCCUGCGUGGUGUCUGCGAAACCAACUACAUUGACUAUGAGCCUCGCAUCGAAAUCAAGAAGCAGGGAAAGCACUGGCGGCCCAACAAAUAUUCGGGCCAGUCGUUAUUCAUGCCCAGGACGGAAUACGAGGAAAUCCUUCUGUUGUUGUUCAUCAGCGAAGCUAUGGCGGUCCGCAACGCAGUCCUCGACCGGUCGCCCGAAUUUCAGGAUGCCCGUGUUCAUUCCUACAACAGCGUUGUUGCCGUGUACGACCUGCUCGUAUUCAUCCUCGCGCGGAUGGGCCAAUUCCAGACUCUUUGCGAGUCGUUCGAACGAGCCAUGAAGUUCUCGUUCGAAGAAUACCACGUCUGGAUGCAGUUUUCUCUAUCGCUGCUCUCGUCCGGAAAGCACCUCAGGGCGACCCUAAUGCUCAAAGAGUGCGCGCGACUUCAGCCACACAACAGCUUUCCCUGCCUCCUGGCUGCUAAGGUGUGCCUGGAGAACCUCGGGAACGUCGAGCAAGGCGUGGAAUUUGCAGAAGAGGCGCUCAACCGCGAGAAGCGAAAUCCGCAGAGUCUCCUGGCACAGUGCCACCUGGUGCUUGGUGUGGGAUACGCUCUGAUGGCAGAACAGCGAAGGCCGCAGAGCAAGCGGGCCGAGUUCAAGGCAUCUGCAUUCCAAUGUUUUCUCAGGGCACAAAGUGCGGACCCGUACUUCCAUCUUCCCGAGUACCACCUAGCUCUGCACUACGCGGAGGUUCGGCAGCUGAGCAAGGCCGUCUCGCAUGCCAGGAGGGCACUCGAGCUCAACCCCGAGCACGUCCACACACUGCACCUUCUCGCGCUUCUGCUCUCCGCGCAGAAGCAGCACAGCGAGGCGCUGCAGCUCAUCAACGCCACGCUGGACGAGUACCCGAACUACCUCAACCUAAUGUACACCAAGGCACACCUCGAGGACUACUGCCUCGGACCCGAAGAGGCCUUGCUGACGAGCAAGCAGAUGCUACUGCAGUGGAAGACGUUCUAUGAGUCCGAGCUUAAGAGCGACUACGCCCAGACUGGUCUGCAACGAGUGACUAGCUGCAACCGUGGCUCAUUCCACGUGCGAUCAGGUGACUUCUCAGACCGGGAGUCAGGUCAGUCAAUCGCCGCGGCUACGCGCGUGGAGCAGGCGCUCUCCGAGGCACUGCAGACCGGUGCGGGACCCCUGGCGCAACCGCAGCCCCAAACGGGCACGGCGGGCGGUGGCUCGACGAUGGGCCUUCGCGAGAAGCGCGGCUCCCAGACCCUCUGGCUGCUGCAACUGCAGGUGUGGCUCCUGAUAGCUGAGCUGUACCUCAAGAUGGAGCAGCUUUCCGAAGCCGAGGCCUGCAUCCUCGAGGCGUCCAACAUCUACCCGCUCUCCCACCAGCUCAUGGUCAUGAAGGGCUUGCUGCACGAGAUGCGGAAGGAGUACUACGACGCGAAGACGUGCUUCCAAAAUGCAGUCUCCAUCAAUCCACUGCACGUCACGGCCCUUCAGCACCUGGGCCUGGUCUACCACUACCUGGGCAGCAGUCAACUGGCCGAGAAGACGCUGCGAGAUGCAGUGGCCAUCGACCCCAUGUGCCACCAGUCCUGGUUCAACAUGGGCAAGGUGCUUCAGGAGACGGGCGACUUCGACUCCGCCACCGACUGCCUCAACACGGCCAUCCAGCUCGAAAUGACGACGCCAAUAUUGCCGUUCUCGACCGUACCCCGUACGCUCGAGUAACGGUGGCGUUUCGCGGCGUGCAUUUAAAAAACCCUGCGAUCUCAAAGAAAUAUUUCUAGUUACUGAGAACGCUAGCGAGCUUGUACAAAAUUGUAAAUUUUGUGUUAUAAGCGAACAACUUCGAAAAGAAUUAAUUACAUUUAACGCUAUUACCAGCAACAAUACAUGCGUUUUAUGUGCUGGGCAUGUAACAUAGCAUGUUAUAUUGCAUAUGGUUAGUUUAGAUAGGUGCCAGUUCCAUUUUGGAAUGUGUUUUACUGUUACUGUUUUGAAAGUUUUAGUUUAUGUUGUACCAGGAAUAAAUGUCUGUUGGUUGAAGU